GCGGAGCCUCGUGCUGGGCCGAGUGGCGUAGGAGGGAGGCCGAGGUCAGGCUGGUGAGUGCCUGGGCAGCAGGUCUCUACAAUAAAACUGAAAGAAAAAUUUAAAAUUCCAGGAUGGCUGUUGAAGAACUUCAGUCCAUAAUAAAGAGAUGUCAAAUCUUAGAAGAGGAGGACUUCAAAGAAGAAGAUUUUGGUCUCUUUCAGUUAGCUGGGCAAAAGUGCUUAGAAGAAGGGUACAUCUCUCAGGUAUUAGAUAUUUUAGAAAAUGAAAAGAACAAGGUUAUCAUCAGGAGUAUGGGUUGGAAUCUUGUUGGCCCGGUUGUUAGAUGCUUUUUAUGUCAUAAAGAGGAAGUUGAUAAAAGAGAAAAAUGUUUGAGAAUGCUUGAUUUGCUGGUGAAGCUCUGCCAUCCAAAGGAACUGCUUUUGGGUUUGCUCGAACUGAUCGAGGAGGCCUCUGGAAAACAGAUAGCUGAAAUUCUUCUUCUCUUGCUCGAGCCAUUACAGACAGUGAUUCAGAAACUUCAUAGCAAGAAGGCCUACUCGGUCGGAUUAGCACUGUCUACCCUGUGGAGCCAGCUCUCUCUUCUCCCAGUCCCUUACACUAAAGAACAAGUGCAAAAAGACCAGCAUGGGCUUGGUCGGUGUUGCCAAGCCUUAGUCACAUUUACUAAGCCUUUUGUGGAAGAAGUUGUUAAAAACAAAGGCCACCCCCUGGAAAACAGCAAGGAAGAGCUGAAGGCAGAACUGCUGAAAUUUUGUUUCAAAAGUUUGAAAUAUCCCUUGCUGACAGCGCAGCUCAUUGAGGUGCUUGAAGAAAAUGAAGAAGAUCCUUUAAAAUCUUUUGCAUCUGAAAUAGUAGGUUUUAUAUUAGCAAUUGGAGACUCUCUGCCAAAGGUGAUUUUUCAGCAUGGAAGGAAGGAAAAGUGCUGGGAUAACCCUGACUUGGAGGAAGAGGAUAGCAGCCAGUUGGCAGAUUCCAUGGCUUCACUUGCUUAUCUUGUGUUUGUGCAACGUAUCAGUAUUGACCAGUUUCCAUUGGUCUUGAGCCCAUUAUAUCUUCUUCAGUAUAAUAUGGAACAUGUUGAAGUCCUCUUGAAAAGAACAGAAGAAUCUGUGUCCUCAAAAGGAUUGGAUCUGUUGGAGAACAGUCUGUUACGGAUGGAAGACAACGGCCUCCCGCACCAUUACUUAGAAAUCAGGAGUUUCCUCACUGUGCCCCAGAAGCUGGUGAAAGUGAUGACGCUGUGCCCGCUCGAGACGCUGCGGAAAAAAGGUUUAAAAAUGCUGCAGCUGUAUAUAGACAAGCUGGAUUCACAAGGCAAAAAUAUAUUAUUUAGGUGUUUACUGAAGACAAGUAAUCAUGCAGGUGUGGAAGGCUACGUCAUUCAGAAUAUUAAAAAUCAGAUCGACGUGUCACUAAAGAGAACAGAGGAUAAUAAAUGGUUUACAGGACCACAGCUGCUUUCACUUCUUGAUUUGGUGCUCUUACUUCCUGAAGGAGCAGAAACAGAUCUACUCCAAAAUUCAGAUAGGAUUAUGGCUUCAUUAAAUUUAUUGAGGUAUUUGGUCAUCAAGGACAAUGAAAGUGACAAUCACACUGGGUUAUGGACAGAACUUAAGAAGAUUGAGAAAAAUUUCUUAAAACCACUACAUACAGGACUUAAUAUGUCAAAAGCACAUUAUGAAGCAGAAAUUAAGAAUAAAAAAGAAACCAGACGAGAGUCUCAUAAUCCUAAAAAUCUUUGCACAGUAACGGUUGGUGGAGAGAAGAUUCCUAAUGUUCCUAACAUGACUCCUGAAAUGCAGCUUCAGGUCCUCCAUUCAGCUCUUUUCACAUUUGAUUUAAUAGAAAGUGUUCUGGCCCGAGUAGAAGAACUCAUUGAACUGAAAACAAAAACUACAUCUGAAGAAACAGCUCGGCUGAAAUGAAGCCUCCCUGCCUGAAGAGCUGGAGGAGCAGCUGUAGAAACCUCGAAAUUGUUUUGUUCAUUCUGGGUGGAAACAUUACUUUCAUGUCUUUUAAAAAGUUUAUCUCAGGCACUAAGCACUUGCUGCUAGAAAAUAAAUGCUGCUACUCUCCUUUUCCUUCA